GGUGCCCAGCGGGCGGGCAGCCGGACGGCCCGGCCCGCAGGGAUGAGCGCUGCGUCCCGGACCCGGUGCGGCACGACACAGGCGGGGGAGCCGCGCGGGUCGGAGCGGGAGCCAUGCAGCCCUGUUCCCGGGCAGUCCCGCGGUGACCCUGCUGAGGCCCUGGCAGCCCAGGCUCCACCCAGGACCAUGAGUGCAGGCCUCCCCAGGGCCCCCCGAGGGGUGAGGAUGGCCACCCAGCCCACGCCCCACAGCCCCCCUUGGACUGCCGCCUCCUGCUAGCACCCAGGACCUGGGGCCAUGCCGGGCGAGCAGCCCCGAGGAGCACCGCCCCCCGGCAACACCAGAGAUCUGCAUCCCUGCCCAGGUGCCAGGGGCCUGCGGCCCCCCUCCCAGCCGCCUCACAAGGACCAGCCUCCCAGCAGCAGGACAGCCCAGGGCACAAGGGGGGCAGGCAGCCGAGCUCUGGCCAGGGAGCCCCCCACAGCCCAGCUGGGGCAGGCCCUGGAGGUGGAGCCCCAGGCUGAGCUCCUGAGGCCCCGGCCUCUCCGUGGCCCCCUGGGGAAGGGGGGUGGCCCCGACACCCCACCUUCAAGGAGCCACCCAGGGGAACAGGGGUGGCUGGCAGGCAGGGUGGACAGCAGCCCCCCACAGCUCUAUGGCCUGGGAAUUGCCAGCCCAAGGGCCAAGCCCACCCUGGACAAGACCCCCAAGGGCCGGCCACUCAAGCCCCAGGACUCCCAGGCAGAAGCCUGCCGAGGGCCCAGCCUCCCUGGGGCCGACAUCCUGCCCACCCUCGGAGAGCUCAGCUCAAAAAGGUGCUUCCAGGAGGCCCCCUCCAGCUUUACCUCUAGCAACCAUACCUCACCAAGUGCCACCCCAGGACCCCCUCGGGCCCCGCCGAGCAGCCCCCCAACACUGGCCUCGCCCCCAGAGCUGCAGGCCAAUGGGGCUAGCCCUUGGCCACCUGCUGCUGAAGACAACUUCCCAGGUGCUAAUUUUGGGCGCCUCCCCUCCAAGUCGGAGCCCUUUCCUGAGGGCAGCAGGCCUGGCAGCCCCCGGGGGAGCCCCUUCCCGUACCCCCUCCGGGCACAGCCCCCUCAUGAAGACCCAGUCGGACAGGCCUAUGCCAGUGGAGCCCUGGCCUUUUCCCUCCACCAGCCCCCGGGAGGGUGGCCAGAGGUGACUGUGGGCACCGGCCCUGCCUACCGACUGCCCCCCAUGCCCUCGCCCCUGCCCUGCUACCCCAGUCAUCCAGGUGGCCUCAAGGCCCCUGGCGACUGUGCCCAGGCCCUCUCCCCACCUGGUGCUGAUCCCCUGGCUCCGAGACCCUUCUCUGACAGUUUGCACAGGAGCCUGGCCGAAGUCCUCCCCGAAGGACCCCCUUCAGGCCAUGAGAGGCUAGGGAGCCCCAGGGCACCCCCAAACCCUGGGUCUCAGAGGCACUUUCUAGGACAGACGUAUAGAGCCAGUGGGGUGGGCAGCAGCCCAGGGCCUGGGGACGCCACGCUGGCCACCCCCAGACCCCUGCCUGCUAGGCUGCCUCAGCUGUGGGACCCCACAGCAGCCGCCUACCCUGAGCCUACCCUGUGCGCCCCGCCCACCCCUCGUGCUGCAUUCUUUGAUAGCCCCAGCCAGGGACUCUGCCUGCCCCAGAGUCCCACAGUGCCAUGGCCCUCAGCGCUCCCCAGCCCUGGGCCAAGCCGUGGUCAGCUGGAAGUGCUGAGGCAGCUGCCAUUCCCCAGGGGGACCACCGAGUGGCAGGAGGGCAGCCAGGGGGCUCUGGGUGCUGCCAGCCAGGCACCCGGCCCUGGGGAGACAGUGGUAGCCCUGAGAAGCAGCCCAGGCCAGCCAGGGAGCUCCCCGGGGCUGCUCCCCUACAGCGGGAUGAAGGGCCCUGGGCCCCAGGCUCUGCUCUUCGGGGGCACCCAGCCCCAGGCGUCACCCCGAGGGGCCCCAGCCCUGCCCCCGCCCAGGGUGGUAGGGGUCUCUCCCAGCGAGUCCCCCCUGCCCUCUCCUGCCACCAACACGGCCAGCAGCAGCACCUGCUCCUCCCUGUCCCCACUGUCCAGCAGCCCGGCCAACCCCAGCUCUGAGGACAGCCAGCUCCCCGCUCCCCUGGGGCCUUCGGGCUUCUUCCUCCCGGCCCCCCGCCCUCAGGAGCCUGGGAGCCCCUUCCCGCCCCCAGAACUCCCCAACACCCGCCCAGCCCACUUCCCACUCCCCUCAGAUGGGCUGGGGCCUGAGGGUGCCCUCGAGUUCCUGGGCAGCGAGGGCCGUGGGGCGGGCAGGGACAGGCUUCGGGGCUUCCCCCGGGGCCCUGCUGCCUAUGCCACCCACCACUUCCCGCUGAGCAGUGCCAGCCUGGACCAGCUGGACGUGCUGCUGACCUGCAGGCAGUGCGACCGCAACUACAGCAGCCUGGCUGCCUUCCUCGAGCACCGGCAGUUCUGCAGCCUGCUGCUGGCCCGGCACGGGCCCCAGGGACACCUGGCACCCACUGCUACCCCCAAGGUGCCGGCCCCCACACACCCAGGCUUGCUGGGCCAUGGCCAGACCAUCCCUUUCCUGCUGGCCGGGGACCUGCAGGCAGAGAGCAAAGAUGACGACGCCCUACGCACGAGCUUCCUGCCCAGCCUGGCUGCCCCACCCUUCCCGCUGCCCACCUCAGACCUGGACCUGGAAGACAAUGCCAAGCUGGACAGCCUCAUCACUGAGGCCCUCAAUGGCAUGCAGGACCCGUCGGACAGCCCCGAGAUCGACAGCAGCUUCAUAGACGUCUUCGCCGACGAGGACCCUCCGGGCCCCAGGGGUCCUGGCACUGGUCAGGCCCUCAACUCCCCAGCAGGUGCCACCCCGGAGUAUCAUGCCCAGCCCCUGCCCCCUGCUGGAGAGGCCACACCGCAGCCCCAAGGCCCCUACCUUGGGGACAGGGCCCGUCCAGCUGGGAACAGGCCCACCACCCCCUCACUGGGCCCAGCACCCACAGAGGCCACUGAGCCCAGCCUGGGGAGGCAGCCACGGAGAGGGAAGCAGCUCAAGGUGUUCUGGAAAGGGCUGGAUGCAGCCCACAGCACCAAGGGACCUGGCAGGGCUCUCUGCCCGAGGCCGGGGAGGAGGGGCCACGGUACCCAGCAGCCCCCACCCUAUCCCCGGGACCUUAGAACCCAGGCGAAGGGCCACAUGGGUUCCCACCAGCGAGGCCCCGGGGCCCUCCUCUCUGCAGACACCGGGAUCACCAAGCGCCUGAGACUGCCCCCCAGGAAGGACCCCAGGAAGCGGAGGACACAGCGGGGUGGCAGCUGGAGCAAAGAGCUCAUACACAAGAUUGUGCUGCAGAAGAACAGACUCCACAGACCGCGGGCACCCUCGAAGGCCCCACAAGGCAGGCCAGGGGCCAGUGACCACGCCUCCGAGUCUGAGGAGGAGAGUCCCAGGCCAGGGGCGCCUGGCCUCAGCGGCCGCUCUCACCAAGACCACCAGCAGCGGUGCCUGGGCAAGAAGAUGAAGGAAGAGGGCCUGGGCCGGGGCCCCAGCAAGGCAGAGAAGCCGGGGUCUGCUGAGUCCAGGGGCUCUCCAGCCCCAGGGCAGCUGCCCAGCCCAGCCCACAGCCCGGACGGAGACCCCAGGUGUAACUCCCCGCAGGUCCCCACGGACACCACAACCCCAGGGGAAAGCCACCCGUCCCUGGGCCUCUGCCAAGCAGCCCCAAAACCCGAGGCUGCCAGCCCCACAAAGCUCAGAGAGGUGCCCACCGGGGAGAGUGGCUGCCCCAAGCCCCCCACUCCAGAGCCCCCACCGCCCGGCAGAGCUGGCACCAGCAGACACCCACCCUCGGGGAGCCACCCCAAUGUGCUGCCAAGGCCAGCGGGGGGCGCUCUGCAUGACAGAGAAGAUGCCCCUGCUCACCAGCCCAGAGGCUUCCAGAUGCCCGUUGCUAGUCCCACCAGGGCGGCCUAUCCUGAGCACAGCACCCCAUUUUUUAAGAACUCUGAUCUUGGUUGCAAGCCUGCUCACUUUAACAGAGACUCCGUGGGGGUUCCUGCUGCCAAAAAGGGGCCCCAGCCCAGCAGCAGUGCCCCCAGUGAACUGUUCCUCAGGCCCAAGGACCCAGCGGUGGACACUCCGCCAGCCAGCAGCUGCUACCUUGGCCAGGACCAUGUGGACGCCCUCAAGCCCAAACCACCAAAGAAUCCGCCCUACACGGCUGAAACUGACCCAGGCAGAGCCCAGUCGCCACUGAGCUUGGAGUCCAUGACCCUCUUUGCAGGGCUGCCCGAGGACGGCUUCGACCCACCACCACUCUACGACAGCCUGUCACCACACAGGGCCACCCCCGAGCCGCUGGCCUGUGCUGACCCUCUCCCAAGGAAACCUCUGAUAGAGCCACUGUUCCCCCCAUUUCUGCUCCUGGAGGAAGUGUCCCCAACACUGUCCAGCCAGUUUCCUGACCUCUCAGUGCCAAAGGCAUUCCACAAGAAAUGUCCCCAUGCAGAGAUGGGCUCCCCCAGCCCUGCACCUGUGCCUGGGAAGAGAAACGGACACACUGCAGCUUUUAUGAGCAACCUGUCCGAGGAUGAGCUGGAAAUCAAAAGAUUGGUCUCCGAAUUAGAGAGCCAACUGCAAAGGAGGGGGGCCACCCAGGAAGCCCCCGAGGACCCCAGCGAAGCUGCACGUGCAGCCUCCCUGACGCCUGCCCGCCAGGCUGCCCUGUCCCACAGCGGUGCAGCCCACCUUCCAGGUCCUGGGGAGACACGUCCAGAGCAGGAAGACGCGGGAACAGCCAUGCCCCCCAGGAAAGGGGCGCUCCAGAGCUCCCAGGGGGACCAGCCCUGCCCAGCCACAUGCUGCCCAGGAAAAGCGGCCCCAAGCCCGGGCCCCCCCAGAGACCUGGCUUCUGGGGCUCCUUCUGGGCCCAUGGGGUGCAGCCUUCGGGCUCUGACAGCUCAGAAGAGCCAAGGCUGCAAGGCCACAGAAGACCCUGGGGCGCCCUCGGGCGAGUGUCGGCCUGAACCCACCGAGGGACCCAAGGCCCUGCUGGAGGCUGGGGGCCUGGCAGAGCGCAGCCCAAACCGUGACCUUUUAUCUCCUAGAAGUGAUGAGUGGAUCAGGACUCGGGCGAGCGAGGGCUCCCCGCUGCCACAGCUUCCCUGGGAGCAGAACAGAGCGCGGCCGCCAGAACCCCAAGGGGCAGAAGGGCCCUGUCCAGGCCGCACAGCACCCCCAGCGCCGGGUCAGGUGUUUCGGGGCAGUGGGGAGGCAUCUCUGGGUGCCACCCCGGCCUCAGAUCCCGGUCACAGCCACGCCUCCAAGGGCCCAGCUCCCAGGGAAUCUGGGCCCCCUCGAGCCCUGGCAGAGGGAUCUGCCCUCCAGCACCAGGAGGCUCCAUCGGCCCCUGGAUGCCCUGCCGGCCCAGCCUCCAGCCCCUCAGGUCCACUCCGGGUCCUGGGGACCAGAGCUGAGGACAAGGGUUGCGUCCAGCUCCUGCAGGGGCCUCUGCCUGCUGGGGCCCCAAGCCCUCGGCACAGAGCACCCCCCAGUCUAGGAGGGGACAGAGUGACAGGAGGCUCCCCUGGGCAUGUGCAGGACACAGCCACCGCCACGGUGUCGGAGGCGAACGGACAUCUGGGCUCCCCUGACCAGGCCAAGAAGCCCAGGGGCCAAGGCAAAGUCAGCCACUGCCUGCCUGGAGCCUGGAAGAGCCCGAGGGCACGGGGCAGUGGUGCCAAGGCCAACACCCCUCCCAGAAGGCACGGGCCAGCCAAGGCCUCAGCCAGGGCCCAGGGAGGCAGCACGGCCUUGGGCCCUCAGGAGCAGGUGCAGCCAGCCCCUAGCCCUCAGCGCCUCUUGGGAAUGGCAGCCCACGCCCAACAGGGGCCUGAGGACAGGACUCCAGGGGAGGUGACCAGCCAGGUACCGCCCCCCGGGGACCUGGUCCCCUGUACAGCCGUAGUCACCCCCAGCCCCUUCGGCCUGGAGCACACACCCCAGGAAGACCCUUCCUGUAUGUCUCUGGGAGGGGCCAGGUGGGUCCAGGCCCCUGCAGGUGCCAGGGCCACAGGGCCCCCUGCAGGUCCGUCUUGGAGGACAAGCCUCUGUGGGCCUGAGGACCUCCCACCUCCUGCUCUCCUGGGGGCCAGCAGCCCCGAAGACUGGCCGGGCCUCAGUGACAUCCCAGCCCCCAGCCAGGGCCAGGAUGGCCCCAGCAGCAGCACAUUAGGAACCCUAGUGGAGUUCAGAAGAGGGCCGGGGAGCCCUCCGGCCAGUGCCACACCAUCUCGUCCAGGAGCACACGUGUCCCCAAGAAGGACCAUCAAGGAACACAACACAGAGACAGUCCCUACAGAAUGUGGCGUGAAGGCAGUCAGGGGGCUCCGGGUGGCGGACCCCAGCAUGUCCUGGGACCCCUCCUCACAUCCCCCGUGCCUCACCCCCUGCCUGAGCCACGGGGGCAGCGACAGCAGCACAGCCACACCCACAGACCCCACCACAGCGGGGCCCACACAGCCGGGCCCCUCCCCCUGCCUGGAAACGGAGGCUGGGGCUGUCAGUGAGGGGCAGGAGGAUGCAGGGACACGAGGACACAGGGCCCGGUGCUCCAGUGUGACAAAGCUGCCCGGAGCUGGCCAAGGCCUGACCACAGCCCACCAUCCCCCAGCUGCCUCUUCCAGCAACACAGCCGGUGACUCUGGGUCCAACUCUCCCCAAAGCCACACCGGGGUCCCUCACCAGAUGCCCCAUGUGGACUCUCUCAGUCCCCAGGACCCCAAACAGGAACCCUAUGGUUUGAAAAAGAAGCUGGAGCCCACAGAGAGAAGGAAGGGCCAAGCCCCCGCUGGGCCAGCUCUCCCCUGCGUCACCUGCGAUAUCUGCUCAGCCUCCUUCCGCUCGGGGCCUGGCCUGAGCCGGCACAAAGCCAGGAAGCACCGGCCAGACGGCUGUGCCGCCCUGGGGUUCAGGGCCCCUGGGAAAAGGAGCCACAGGGUGCCUGGCAAGGAGGGACCAAGUCAGGCUCUGAUCCGCCCCAGCCACCCUGCAGGGCCAGCUCCCCCACAGGGCUCCACGACACCUGAGGGCACCCCGGGUCCUGAGACGGAGGAGGGGCCCGAAAGGGGCACCAAGGCACCAGCUCACCCCCUUAACCGGCAACCGCAUCCCCCGGGCCUGAUGGAGUCUGGGGAGGGGGCAGAGCCCAGACCACACCUGCCGGAGGCGGGCAAGCUCCACCCUAGACAAACAGAGAGAAAGGGACAGAGGCGAAGCCGAGAGCCCCAGGACUCCCGUCGUACCACAGCCCCGAAACCACAGGAGAACGUGGGAAAGACCCGAGCCAGGAGGCCCCGGGGGGAGCACACAGCGCCCGGCUCAGCCUCUGCACCCACAGGGCGGUGCCGCUCCAGGGCGUACACGGCAGCUGCCCACUGCUCAGCAGAGGGACAGCAAGGGGCAGACAGGGCGCCUGGGCCACUGGGAGACACUGCAGGCAACACCGCCACCCAGAAGUCCCCUGGUGGUCGGAGGAGCCCCACAGGGAGGGCAGAGGAGGCGUCCCCUGGAGAACUCCCGGAGGGGUGGAAGGGAGCCCUGGCAGGGGGGCUCUGGGGACCCACAGUGGCCAGGACAUCUGGCAAGGACCCAUCACAUGCCUCUGCGGGAGAGGCUGCUGCAGACCUCGGAGGGCCCAAUGGCAGCCCAGGUGACAGCGUCAAAGCAGGGACACUGGACCUUCCCGGGAUGCCCAGUUCUGAAGCUGGCAGAACCAGCCUCAGCUGCCCGCAAGACCCCCCUGAAGCCCAGGGUGGGGACCCUGAAGCCCCCAGCAUAGGCUGCAGGGACCCUCUGAGUGUGCUUGAUGACGAUGUGGCCUUUGCCCAGCUCUUCCCCCCCGGUGGCCGCUUUGCCCGGAAGAAGAACCCCCGAGUCUACCAGAAGCCCUGUGGGAGACCGCGGUGCCUGCCACCCACCCAACCACUCAGCCAGCCUGGGGGCGACCCUCUCUCCUUGGCCCGGCUGCCCACGGAUCUCAGCGACUCAGGCUCCCUCUGCCUCUCCUGCGAGGACCUGCUGGGUAAUGAGGCCAUGGAGCUGCCCGAGGCCUGGCUGCUGGAUGGGCCUCUGAGCAGCAGCACCCCGGGCCUCGGGUUAUGGACCCCGGAGCCCAGAAGGGAAGCCGGCUGUGUGGACAAGGCACCCCCCUGUGGCACUACAGACGAUCAGGUAGAAGCCAUCCCUGAGCUGCACAGGGUGCCUGCAGCCUGGCAAGGCCUGGGGCUACGGGUGCCCCCAAAAGAGGCAUCCUCUCCUCUAGGAGAUGUGAGUCCAGAGCCCCCCAACCUGGAGAGAGAGGGCUAUGAGGAGGGGCUGCCCAGAACUGCUGAAGACUUGGAGAUGGUCGGGACCACGCUGCAGGCACAGGACCCGAGCUUCCCAAGACCCUGGGAGGACCUGGUGAGCGUCCCCAGCACCAGCGCCUUGGACGUCCAGGAGGAGGCCGCAGGGCUGUGCCAGGCUCGUGGCAGAGAGCAGCUGGUCCCUGGCAGGAGUGCUUCCUUCAAGUGCCGCGUAUGCUUCCGGCGCUUCCACGGGCUGGGCGAGCUGGACCUGCACCGCUUGGCGCACAGCGCGGCCCCACCACCCACCUGCUACAUGUGCGUGGAGCGCAGGUUCGGCUCGCGCCAGCUGCUGCGCGAGCACCUGCAGGAGAAGCACGUCCAGGGCCAGAUGGGGCCGUGGGCCUGCGGCAUGUGCCUGAAGGAGGUGCCAGACGUCUGGAUGUACAACCAGCACCUGCGCGAGCACGCUGCCCUCUUCGCGCGCAGGGGGCAGGCGCGACGGGCUCUGGGCGAGCUGCCCGCGGGCUCCGGGGACGAGGGUGCCUCGGCGGAGCGAGCCACAGACCAACGGGGGGCUGGCGGGGCCGGUGGGGGGGAUGGGGAGGGGGGCCCGGGGGACGGGGCCGGGCGCCCUCUCUCUGGGAGCCUCCAUGGCUCCCCGACGCCGCCCAGCAUGCCCGGCGGCGACAGCCCCGCCACCCCCAGCCCGAGCCGGGAGCCCCGGCCCCACGGCGAGCCCCCGCUCUGCCGCGGACCCGUGCACGCGGACUGCAAAGACCCGUCCCGCGACUGCCACCACUGCGGGAAGCGCUUCCCCAAACCCUUCAAGCUGCAGCGCCACCUGGCGGUGCACAGCCCGCAGCGCGUCUACCUGUGCCCGCGCUGCCCCCGCGUCUACGCCGCGCACCGAGAGCUGCGCGCGCACCUGGGCAGCGCGCACGGGGCGGGGCCCGAGGCGCGUGACGUGGCGCCCACGCCGCUGUUCGCCUGCGAGCGCUGCGCCGACGUCGCGCGCGUCACCCGCAGGGCCUUCGCGUGCAGCGCGUGCAACUAUACCUUCGCACGCCGGGAACAGCUGGACCGGCACCGCGAGAAGCACCGGCGCGCCUGCCCGCGGCCCUGCGCGCUCCGCGGCGUGCGGCGGCCCGGGGCUCCCGAGGGCGCGCUGCCCCUCAAACGACGCAGGCUGGCGCAGGUUGGCCGGCCAGUGUCCCCGGGCAGCCCGGCCCUGCCCCGGCUCUGCCCACAGGCGGCCCCCGGCACCGCUCAGGCCCAGGAGAGGCGCGAGGAUCCUGCCGGCCAGCCAGAUGCACCCCCGGCCGGCCCAGACCUUCCACCCCCAGCUCUGUCUCCCCCCGCCAGUGCCCAGGCUGAAGGCAGAGAGGGGUGCGAGCUAGACCGAGCCCUGGAGAGGCUGGAAGGCGAGGCUUCGGCAGGCAGUCCUGGGCCUCGGAGACAGCAGGCUCCCCGCCUGGGCUCAGGGAAACGCGGGCCCCCCGGAGGCCGUGGCAGGUGCGCCCCGGACGGGUCCCCGGGAGAGCCCUCCCUGCUCCCCAAAGAGAAGCAGGUGUCACCCUGCCAUGUGGUGCCUGAGGGGCGCACAGCGGGCCCCUCCCACGAGGACGGUGCCAAGCUGGGGGGUUGCCGGAGCGCGUCAAAGCCCAAGCCAUUGGCGACCACCCCCAGCAGGGUGCCAGGGCAACCAAGGAAGCCGGCAGAGAUAGGGAGCCCAGCACCCGGAGAGCUGGCCCACGGCCCUGAAGACAGGGCGAAGCCUACCACCCCCAAAGCCAGGCCGAGGCCCAGCUCCCAGGGCAGGGGCUCGGCGCGGCCUGGCACCAAGACCGCAGGGGGCAGCCAGCCCCAGCCGGCCAGUGGGCGGCUGCAGAGCGAGACUGCCACCACCCCCGCCAAGCCCCGCUGCCCAGGCCGGGGCCCCGCACCACACCCGGCCCCACCUCGAGCCCAAGGCAGCGGCUGCCAGGAAAAGGUAGAGGGCACCAAGAGGAGGAGAAACGGCCCGGGCCCGGGCCCGGCCCGGCGGCAAGGCACAGGGAGCGCAGGCAGAGCCCCCUCGGCCCCUGACAGGCCUCCCCGGGCCCCCCGGAAGCAGGCCACCCCCAGCCGGGUGCUCCCUGCCAAGCCCAGGCCCAGCACUCAGAUCAGCAAGACGAGGCCACAGCCCUGGGAGACUCGGAAGGGGGACCCCGGCCCGGGCCUCCGGAGGGAGGAGCUGGGCAAGGCCUUCCCCCAGGUGAGGAGGGGCAGGUCUGUCCCCAGCACCAGGCCUGCCCAGCUCCGAGACCACCGGACCGCAGAGUCCCAGAGCGACCUCCUCAGCCAGCUCUUUGGGCAGAGACUGACCAGCUUCAAGAUCCCCCUAAAGAAGGACACUUCCGAGUGACACACGAGCAGUGCCCAGCACAGCCAGGACCCCAGCAAGGCUCCUGUUGGGGCUGCUCGGUGCCUGAGGUGGUGCACUUUGGGGCAGCCCACCUGCCUCACCCCACCAACAUUCAGACCGCCCGGUGAAGGUCCCUUUCUUGUCAGAAGGCUGAGGGUGAGGGACAGGGCAGCUGCAGCCCCUUUGAGACCAUGCAGCUGUUUUCUUGGUACCAAGUACUUGAAGAAAGAGCAGCUUAUGCACCUCCCCAGCCCGUGUGCCCUGUUGGCACAGUGGCAUAUGCUAUAGACCUCGUUUGAGUAUUUGCACAGGGUCCCAUCACCGAGCAGGGAAGUAAGUUCAGUCAGUCACCCGAUGAUGGCCUUUCGUUUUAAGUCUUGCUGCUGCUGGAAUUCCAAAGUGCCCUUAGGAAUCACAUGGGGAGGGCAGGGCUCUCCACGAGGCCCACUUCUGAGCCACCUGGUCCCCAAGAGCACACAGGCCUCCUCCCUCUGCCCACAGGAUCGUGCCUGCCACUGACCACACUGCGAUGCUUCUGGGGCACUUGGUUCCCAGGGAACGAGGCAAGAACCGUUCCCCCGCCAGGUCUCCGGCCCACGGCCCCUCUGGAGCCCUCCUCCCCACAGCCCUGGGCUCUGUGCACCCGCAGUUCUCGGAAGUUUCUGGUGCUAUUUUCAUGUUGUACUGUGAAUACCGGGUUUUCCUGUGACUGGAUGGGCAGGGAGGUGGCGCUGGGAGGGCUGGAGGAGGCCGCAGGCAGGGCAGAGAUGACCCACAGCUCCCCACAGGCUCCAGCCUGGGUCCCACCCCCGGCACCCACGUCCCGGCCCAGCAUCCCGCCAGAAGGGGCAGACAGGAGGGCCUGAGAUGCUCCCUGCUCUUUGGGGAAUCUCAGAUUCACAGCUUGUUCUGUUUUUAGUUUUUAACGAGCAGUUUUUAACGUGCGAUGGAUCUGUCAAAGGUUUCAUUUUGACAUUUCGAAAGACCGAAUCCGGCCCAGACGGCCCCUCCAGAAGGUGCUAUGUCCUCAGAAAGCCUCUUCCUCGAGGUGGAAGACAGGCAGAGGGCCUCUCGGGCUGUGCUGCAAAGAUCACCACCAGCUCAUCUUUCCAAAUAUAUUCCCACUAUUUUC